AUGGCUGACCAGGCGACCAUCUCCAACUCCAACGAAGAAGCCUUCGCCAAGGGCAAGGGCAAGGCUGACCCCACGCAAGAUAUGAGCAUGGAUGAGGAGAGCGACUCGGACAGCGAGAACGAGAUUGUUGACAAUGACGAGGAUGAUGACACGCAAGACAACCUUAACGACCCCAUUGACCAGAGCAACAUCAUCCAGGGUGGCCGACGCACACGCGGCAAGGUCAUCGAUUACUCCAAGAUCUCCACCGAUGAGAUGGAUGAUGAUGAGGAUGAUGAUGAGGAAUACGAGAGCCGCGAGGACAACCAAACCAACGAUGAUGAUCAAAUGCGCGACUAA